AUGCGCAUCACAGUGUGGAACAUCAAUGGCUUGCGCACGCUUAAAGGCUACCAGCCGUGGUACAAGCUCCCGGACUGGGAAGCCUGUCUCGAGCACCUCGGCGCCGACAUUGCCUGCUUCCAAGAAACCAAGAUGACGCGCAAGCAGCUCACGGAGCCCAUGUGUAUUCUGCCCUCCUACAAUGCCUUCUUCAACUUCCAUCCGACCAAAGGCUACUCUGGGACGGUGACGUAUGUUCGGAAGAGCGUGUCGAUUCCGCUGAAAGCCGAGCAGGGGAUCACGGGUCGAGUUCCCAUCACAAACGUCUCGACCAACCCGUUGAUACCCAACGACCCGAUCGGACACAUCCCUGCAGAUACGCGGGACGACGUGGAGCCGUCGAUCUGGACCGCGCUCGACGAGGAGGGUCGCUGUGUCGUGCUCGACCUCGGCCUGUUCGUGCUCUUCAACGUCUACUGUCCCAACGAGACCGGACCGGAACGACUCGAUUACAAGAUGACCUACUACCAAGGUCUCGCCGAACGAGCGCAUCGCCUCAUCGCUUCUGGCCGCGAAGUGAUGAUUGUCGGCGACAUGAACAUCAUCCGCGAUCCCAUCGACCACUGCGACCCCGAGCAGAGCAUGAAGGAGCACGGAUGGGAGCAUUUCCAUCAACAUCCCGCGCGAGCGUGGUUUCAAACCUUCCUCGCCCCCCACGGAAAGUUUCACGAUAUCGGGAGGAUGUACCAUGCGGAGAGGAGGAAGAUGUUUACCUGCUGGAACACGCUGAUCGAUGCAAGACCGGCAAAUUACGGAUGCAGACUCGAUUAUACCCUCGUGACAGAAGGACUUCUGCCCUGGAUCAAAGGGGCGGAUAUUCAACCGGACAUCUAUGGGAGCGACCACUGCCCGGUGUAUGUGGAUCUGCACGAUGAGAGGGAGAUCGAUGGGAAGGUGGUCAAGCUGAAGGAUCUGAUGCAUGGUGGAGUGGACCGGUUGCCGCCGGCGUUGGCGGCGUGUCACUACGACGAGUUCUCGGGGAAGCAGAGGAAGCUCGCGUCGUUCUUCGGGCGGAAGGCAGUGGUCCCGGUCAGGAGCCCAAGUAUCGAAAUGGUAUCGGCUGGUGAUGCGAGAAAAGCGUCAGAGCCGAAGCAAGCAGAUAUGAACGGUAGCACAGCGAUCAAAGAGAUCGAAGCUUCGACAACCCAGGAUCAAGACACAUUCCCGGCGAUGGGCGAGGAAGGAAGCUCGCUUGCCGCUGCUCUGUUCUCCUUGCAUUCGCAACAGGAAGGCCUCGACAUCGAGCGUUCGCAGCCGGUUGCUGCUAGACCCGCCUCCGGCAGCACCACAUCGCAAGUAGCCUUGCUGGACGUCAAACCACCGCCAUCAGCCUCGGCACCUGUGGUGGCACCUACAACAGCAAUACCGUCUCCGACGAAAGUUUCCGCCAGUCAACCAUCACCGAAUGGCAAACGGGAGGCAGCGUCACCAAAACGCACGCCUUCAGCCACAAAAAUCAGUUCUGCCAAAGCAAAGCAGGCCGCGAGCUUGAAAGGCCAGACGAGCUUAUCAUCCUUCUUCGCCCAGCCAAAGACGGCUCCCACAUCCACACCAACAGAGGCUGCCAAGGCAGAUCCAGCAAGUCAGCCUGUUCUGACAACGCCGCCGACCACCGACUCCAAGAGCGCUACAACUUCGGAUACUGCAGCUGGCGCGCCCUUCGACGAUGACGAAGACAUCUCCGAGUUCCACGAGACCCUUGCCUCACCCUCAACCGCACGCGCCGCCCAGCCAACCGAGCAAUCGCCUGCCGCCCGCAUCGGCACGUCCCUCGCAUGGGGUGCAAUCUUUUCGCCCCAACCCGCGCCACUGUGCCGCAAUCAUUCGGAACCCUGUCGCGCAUGGACGGUGAACAAACCAGGCCCGAACCACGGGCGCAAGUUCUGGCUGUGCAACCGACCGGUUGGGCCCGGGUACGAGAAGUCCGGCAGGGCCAAGGGGGAUGUCAAUCCGGAGUUUAGAUGCAACUUCUUUGCGUGGGAUAGCGAUGUGAGGGGGAAGAAGAAAGGCGAGAAUGGUGCGGAGGGGAAGUUCUUUAGCGAGGUGGGGAGGGAGCGGGGGAGGAGAAGGGAUGACGGGGAGGAGGAGUCGGGUGGACCUUGGGGCCCGCACAAGCGGGUGAGAGCGGGCGAUGCAUGA